CACCCCGCCACAGCGACAGUGUGUCCGGCAGCGUCGGGCGCAGACCACGGAGCCGGGAAGAUGAUGUGCGAGGUGAUGCCGACCAUCAGCGAGGGAGACUCGGCCGGUCCUCCGAGAGGCACCGGCGGCGUCCCGAACGGCUCGGAGCAGGAGGCCAACUUCGAGCAGCUGAUGGUCAACAUGCUGGACGAGCGGGACAAGCUGCUGGAGUCCCUCAGGGAGACGCAGGAGACCCUCAUCCAGUGCCAGGCCAAGCUGCAGGGGGCGCUCCACGAGAGGGACAUGCUCCAGCGGCAGAUCAACGCCGCGCUGCCUCAGGAGUUUGCCACCCUGACAAAGGAGCUAAACAUAUGUCGGGAGCAGCUGCUGGAGAAAGAAGAGGAAAUAUCGGAGCUGAAAGCGGAAAGGAACAACACCAGGCUGCUGUUGGAGCACCUGGAGUGUCUGGUGUCCCGUCAUGAGCGCAGCCUGAGGAUGACGGUGGUGAAGAGGCAAGCACCGCCACCAUCUGGAGUCUCCAGCGAGGUGGAGGUCCUCAAAGCUCUGAAGUCGCUGUUUGAACACCACAAGGCUCUGGAUGAAAAGGUGCGUGAGAGACUUCGGGUGUCUCUGGAGAGGGUGGCAACCCUGGAGGGACAAUUAGCAUCAACGACACAAGAGUUGAACAUGGUGAGGCAGAGGAAAGACGGUGAUUCAGUGGAGCGAACAGAUGGAUCCAAACCUACGUGGAAGAGGCUGCCCAACGGCUCMAUAGACGCCAACGACGACGGCAGCCGGGCGUCCGAGCUUCAGGAGCUGCUGGACCGGACCAACAAGGAGCUGGCUCAGAGCCGCGAGCACUCGGCCACGCUCAACGCCCGCGUGGCCGAGCUGGAGGCGGAGCUCGCCAACACGCGCCGAGAGCUGAGCCGCAGCGAGGAGCUGUCAAUCAAACAGCAGAGGGAGCAGAGAGAGAGAGAGGAUCUGGAGGAGAGGAUAACAACGUUAGAGAAACGGUACUUGGCGGCUCAGCGGGAGACCACGCACAUCCACGACCUCAACGACAAGCUGGAGAAUGAGCUGGCCACCAAAGACUCGCUGCACAGACAGGCUCGUCAGAGGGAGAAAAUGAACGAGGAGCACAACAAGCGUUUAUCUGACACGGUGGAUCGUCUUCUCACCGAGUCCAACGAGCGGCUGCAGCUCCAUCUGAAGGAGCGCAUGGCUGCCCUGGAGGACAAGAACUCCCUCAUUCAGGACCUGGAGAAUUACCAGAAACAGCUUGAAGAAUUCCACCACACCAGGGAACGCAUGAUUGGCGAGAUCGAUAAGCUGAGAAACGAGAUUGACCACCUAAAGCGCCGCAGUGGAGCAUUUGGCGAUGGGACUCAUCCCCGGUCUCAUUUGGGAAGCGCCAGCGACCUGCGCUUCUCUGUGGUGGAGGGCCAGGAUGGUCACUACAGCACAACGGUGAUCAGGCGGGCGCAGAAGGGCAGACUGUCGGCGCUCAGAGAUGACCCCAAUAAGGUGUGUGCCAUGUUCGAACAGGACUACCCGUCCCUGCGCAGCAGCGUCAGCCACCUCCUCGGCAGUGACGUCGAGGCCGAGUCGGACAUGGAUGACGACGUCAGCUCGGCCCUGCUCUCCCCCAGUGGCCAGUCGGACGCCCAGACUCUGGCGCUCAUGCUGCAGGAGCAGCUCGACGCUAUCAACGAGGAGAUAAGAAUGAUCCAGGUAGAGAGAGAGUCCGCAGACCUGCGCGCCGACGAGCUCGAGUCCCGCGUGAACAGCGGCAGCAUGGACGGCCUCAACGUGACGCUUCGACCCCGGGCCCUGCCCACCUCCGCCACCGCCCAGUCCCUGGCUUCAUCCUCCUCCCCGCCCACCAGCGGCCACUCCACACCCAAACACCAUGGACGCAACCCCAGCCACCAUCUAGGAAUCAUGACUUUGCCGAGCGACUUGAGGAAACACAGAAGAAAAGUAGCUUCUCCAGUCGAAAUGGACAAAGCUACUAUCAAGUGUGAGACGUCACCGCCUUCCUCUCCGCGGAGCUUACGACUGGAAACCAAUUUUGCCCAAUUCACAGGCAGCCUGGAGGAUGGAAGAGGCAAGCAGAAGAAAGGAAUCAAGUCAUCUAUCGGUCGAUUGUUUGGGAAGAAGGAGAAGGGUCGAAUGGAUCAGACUGUUGGCAGGGACGGACAGUCUCUACCAGCCUUAACAGACUUUGAGAUGAACAUCGGUGACACGAUGACCCUGGGAAAACUGGGCACGCAGGCUGAGAGGGACCGCAGGAUGAAGAAAAAACAUGAGCUUCUGGAGGACGCAAGGAAAAAGGGUCUCCCAUUUGCGCAGUGGGACGGACCGACUGUGGUCUCAUGGCUGGAGCUGUGGGUGGGGAUGCCAGCCUGGUAUGUGGCAGCCUGUCGCGCCAACGUAAAGAGCGGAGCCAUCAUGUCGGCGCUGUCCGACACGGAGAUCCAAAGAGAGAUUGGCAUCAGCAACCCUCUGCACCGCCUCAAACUGCGCCUGGCCAUCCAGGAGAUGGUCUCCCUCACCAGCCCCUCUGCACCACUCACUUCCAGAACGGUAAAAAACAAUAAAUACAACCAAUACCUCUAAUAGUACAACUAUAUAUUUAUAUUACAGGCAGUUACAUAUAUAGUAAUAAAAAGAUAUAGUAACUGAACUGAAAGGAGAUAGUUCAAACAAAAAUGUAACAUCUGUUCCACUGCU